UUAAGAUCUCCUUAAGUGAGUGCAUAGAUUCUAUCUGGUAACAGAUUGUAAAUCUAGAGAGACUCAAUUUUCAAACAAAACACUUGAAGGUGUGGCCUGGAGAUAAGGAUGGAGUUACAAAUGAGACUUGUCUUUAUCCAUCAGCAGCUCUGGAAGAGUUCAGCAGCAGCAGAGGGUUAGAAGGAGAGACUGUAAGAAGCUGUGGCUCUCUUAGCUAAGUGGUCAACACCAUGAUGCAUCCUCAAGUCUUCAUUUCAGGACUCAUACUGCUUCUCCCAGGUGCUGUGGAUUCUUCUGUAUCAGUGAAGGGGGUGGUGGGUCACCCUGUCACACUGCCAUGUACUUACUCAACAUCCCGAGGAGUCACUACCACUUGUUGGGGCCGAGGGGCAUGUCCAUCUUUUAAUUGUGGAAACACACUUAUCUGGACCAAUGGAUACCGUGUCACCUAUCAGAGAAGCAGCCGAUACCAGUUAAAGGGGCAUAUUUCGGGAGGAAAUGUGUCCUUGACAAUAGAGAAUGCUGUUCAGAGUGACAGUGGUCUGUAUUGCUGUCGAGUGGAGAUCCCUGGAUGGUUCAAUGAUCAGACAGUGACCUUUUCAUUGGAAGUUAAACCAGAAAUUCCCACAAGUCCUCCAACAAGACCUACAACUACACGGAGACCCACAACUACAAGAAGACCCACAACUACAGCAAGACCCACAACUACAGCAAGACCCACAACUACAACAAGACCCACAACUACAACAAGACCCACAACUACAGCAAGACCCACAACUACAGGAAGUCCCACGACUAUUUCAGCAAGACCCACCCAUGUACCAACAUUACCCAGAAUCUCCACCUCUACUUCUACAACACCAGCACACACACAAACUCACACACCAGAACCCACUACGGUUUAUCCACAUCAGACAACAGCUGAGGUGACAGAAACUCCAUCCUACACUCUUGCAGAUUGGAAUUACACUGUGACAUCCUCAGACGACUUUUGUGACAAUUACACUGAAUCGAUCCUUUCACAGGAGCGGCAGAAGAACACGAAUACUGGCUUCUAUGUAGGCAUCUCCGUGGCUGCCCUGCUUCUGCUGCUGCUUGUGAGCACCCUGGCUGUCACCAGGUACAUCCUUAUGAAAAAGAAGUCGGGGUCUCUAAGCUUGGUAGCAUUCCGUGUCUCUAAGAUGGGAGCUUUUCAAAACACAGCGAAUGUGAAGUCCAGAGCUGAAGACAAUGUCUACAUUAUUGAAGACAGUCUUUACCAUACAGAUUGAAUCCCAGUGGCCCUCUGAGGGGCUUCUUCCUGAGACUGGAAAGACAGCGACCAGAUUGGACAGUGCAAACACCCUUUACAGCUCCAGGGCUAUUUUCGGUUCAUCCAGCAGUGGUGGAGAGGGUGACCCUCAGCUGUUUAUACUCAAACUCACUGUUAACAUCAUCUUAAUUCUAAUGUUCACACUGCCUCAAUCUCUCCACAUACUGCAGUGCAUUCUCUCAAACAUGAACAUUUUUUAAUUCUGUGUUUCCUUUAGUCAACAUAAUCAUCAGUAGUGUAGGAAAUAGACUCUGGCCUUGGUUAUUAAAAUCAUUAAGAAAGGAACAGGAUUGAAAAUAUUAAAAAAAAAGUGAGUGAGCACAGGUGGGAGGGGCAUACUGAAUUUAGAAGUAUUUUAUGAUUAUCUUUUAUCUAUUUUAUUGUAAUUUAAUGUCACUUUCCCUCCCAUCCCCAAGGGCACAUACAGGUUUUAAUUUCUCUAAUAGAUAAAUAGAAGGCACUCUAAUGUCACUAUUAGAGUUGGUUAUGCUUUCUUAUAGCUCUGGAAAUAUGAUUCAUUAUUAUGUGGUUGAUCUUAGGAUAAGGAUGGGUGUUUUAUGUCAGGAGAGGUUGCCAUGAUGGGAAUGGACCAGGCAGACAUCAGGGGAAGAAAUUAGUGGACCAAGUGAUUGAAAUCAUUUUCACUGCAGUAUGACUUGGUGCUCAGUGUCCUGUCCUCACCCACUGGACUCUGAAUUAGGUGCUGGAAGGAGACAAUGCAGACAUGAAGAGGAAAGGGGGAGCAGGACCCAGGCUCUCUGCCUGAGAGAAGUCCUGUUCCAGGAGUGACCGGGUUUAGGACUAUCACUGGUUUCAUUCAGAGUUCUAAACAUAUAAUUGUCUCCAGAUCAUAUUUACAUAUAAAUUUAUUUCAGAGAGACAAAGUGAUAUAGUUUUGAUAGGAAAAAAGGAUAGAUUGUUGAAUCUACUUUUAAAAAGCAACAACUUGUUCAAAAUGUUUUACAUUGCUAUGGAUAUUAGUUUAUUGAUACAAAUUUAAUGUUAAUUUUGUUAUAAUCUAUGUAUAUUUCUACUCUUGUUCCAGGUAUUAUAUGUGUACAGCUCAUUGAAAUUAUAAUGUACAAUUAAGAAAUACAGAUUAAUAAUGAAUCAUUUAUGAUAAUCAACCUUACAGUAAUGUUAAUUAGGUUUUCU